UACUAUGGCUACAAACCAGUGCUCAGCACUGCAAGGACCUGAAACCUCCUAUAGCCCAAGAUCACAGCUUGUACAUGCAAGGAAACUUCUGUGUCCAGCCCAGGGAAAUGAUAUUUCAGUCAACCUUCUGCAACAUUAGAGUCUCCUGGAAUGAAACUGACAAUCACAUGAUGUUUAUCGGAUAUUUAAAUAAGAGCUAAGCGCUGCGUUCAUGUCUCCGGUGUAAACAGCUGGAUGAAGCUACUGUUAAAAAAUGUAUAAUCUUUGACAAUUCAAUAGAGCAUUUACAAAAGGGGAUAACUUGUUUCAGCAUUCUAGAGACAUCUGCUCUCAAACAAAAAAUUGAAAAAAAAAGUAUGUUUUAUAUUUUGUUGUAAGCGUUUUCCAAGAAUACAAAACACAAAUAUAUGGUAAAUACUUUAAAGAAGUCUAUGAAAAGAGAGGCAGAAGCCUGGGUGUCGAGAUGACCUCCGAGGAUAUAGCAACUUCUGUUGUUUUGCCACCAGUGGAAGGAAAAGUGAUAUCGUCUCAGUCAGCCGGAGAUGAAAAUUCUAUGAAUGCUUCGGAUACUAGUGUUAUAAAAAGACAUACGACAGAGCAAGAACUUGAGAAGACUGAUACUUUGCCUUGCUUAAGUAGGUUAAAAGGCCAAUUUGUUCAGAACUCCAUGACACAAAACGUUUCACUUAUAAAGAAAGAAGAGAACGCAGAAAAUUCCACUUGUGGCGGUGUUCCAGAAAAAAACAGUUGUAUUUCUCAUUCGGUUCAAUAUUUCAACCUUAAUUGCAAUAUCUUAGAGAAAGCCAACCUACGUUUUAAUCACUUUUACAAGUCUUACAAGCCUCUGAAAGGUAACAACCAGUGUCAUGAAGCUAGAAUUCCUGCUAUGCUGACUGAAAUUAAUUUUAAAAUGGAUACAACUGACAUGGACAAGAGGACAUUAAAAAGUCGUUUAGUAAUGAAUGAUCAUUGCACAGAUGCCGUCAGUCACAUUCCAGCAUUACAGAUAAGUUAUUCUACUGAGAAGUGUCCUUUAUAUACAACAAACAGCAGUUAUAUUUUCGGCAAACAUUUGCAGAGCUUAAAAGAAAAUUGCAUUGACCUCUAUACGACUUGCACUUGUAGCUUGCGUGAACAUUCUGAAACUUAUCGCGAUAAAGAUGGACAGCAUGUUCUCUACUGUGAAAAAGAUCACUGUGCGAGCACUCCCUCAAAGUGUAACGUGGAAAAAUCUCUAGUGUUUUCAGAAGACCAUGUCUGUGAAGAAACAACACCUUGUAAUUUGCUACCGCAUCCUUUAGAAAGUCACUUUGACGAUAUGGGAGAAAGCUGUGAAGAAGAUCUAGAAAAAGAUUGUGCUCGAAGCAAAAAAGACCGUUCGACGUUGCUAAUCAGGAGAUUUUGUAAAAACUAUAAGGAGGUGAAAAAGUCCAUUUAUACUGGAGCAAACGCAAUUGUUAAAACUAUACCCUCUGGUCAUAUUGGAACUGAAGCUUGCAUGUAUAUAGAGAAAAAUAGAAAAAGUGGAAAUGAUGAGUUAAAAUACUUUUGGCUUACAAGCAAACGCUCAACACUUACUCAGAGAUCCAUCAGGACAGAAGAUCUUCUUUGCUACUUGGUGAAAACUACAAUGUGUCAGAUCUACAAUGUAGAACCGUUUGAAGGGGACAGUGAUACUUCUCUAUGCUUUUUACAAAGACGCUUGAUCACUAUCAGUUGUAAAGAGGUCCUGAGCACCUCUUUGGAGCAAGAUGUUCAUGUUGGAUUUUGUGCAACUCUGUAUAGAACUUCCAUUUCUAAUUUCUUAAGUGGGGCACUAUUAGAAGCAACUACAUCGUUGGGGGCAAGAAGUGGCCUUAUCAACCUAUUUGGCUGCUCGGCUGGAAGAAAAAUGUUAAAAGAGCGUCAGCCCUUUUCAAAUAUGGCAGCAUCAAGUUCAUCCCCAGCAAAUGCAGCAGGACUAAGUAAGGAGUUGGUGGACCUACAGCACCUCAUUCAAUUUCCAGAAGAGAUCGCAAGCAUUCUCACAGAACAAGAGCAGCAGAUUUAUCGAAAAGUUUUACCUAUUGACUAUCUCUACUUCUUGACAAAAGACCUCAGUCUCCUGGAGUGCGAAACUUCUUUCCCGAAUUUAAAAACAUCUUUAUCUGCUUCUCUCCUGAAGCUAAAGAAUGGAGAGCACAACACUGUGGAAGGCCUUGUGGCAAGAUUCAAUGAGGUUAGCUCCUGGGUGACCUGGCUGAUACUUGCGGCAGGAUCUAUGGAAGAAAAACGAGAGGUUUUCUCGCACUUGGUUCACAUAGCAAAAUGCUGUUGGAACAUGGGCAAUUACAAUGCUGUGAUGGAAUUCCUGGCAGGACUCAGGUCAAGAAAAGUUUUAAAAAUGUGGCAAUUCAUGGAUCAGUCUGAUAUUGAAACAAUGAGAAGUUUAAAAGAUGCAAUGGCUCAACAUGAAUCUUCAUCAGAGUACAGGAAAGUGGUAAACAGGGCUUUGAAUAUACCCGGAUGUAAAGUGGUCCCCUUUUGUGGAGUAUUUUUGAAGGAGCUCUGUGAUGUCCUGGAUGGAGCAGCAAGUCUCAUUAGAUUGUGUCCACACUACAAUUGUCAAAAUGAAACAUUGGAGUUUGUUUCAGAUUACAACGGACAGGACAACUUUUUGCAACGAAUAGGUAAAGAUGGAAUAAACAACACAGAAAAAGAAUCAACUGUGAAUAAUAUCAUGCAGACUAUUCGUAGCUGCAAUCGAAGUCUAGAGUCCGAGGAGGGAGAGGAAAGUCUGAGCGAAAGCAAUAUAUCUAGAAAAAACUCUGUUAUCGAUAGGAACAGAUUCCAUUCAAAGAGAGCUUAUGAGUCAAACCGGGUUCUGUUUCUUAUGGGUGACCUCUCUGACUCUGAAAGUGACAUUUUUGAGCAGUCUAAAGACUGGGAUUUGCAUGGGUCCGAAGAACAGCAGAAGGAAUUUAGUCAUGGCACAGAACUUAUUCCCUGGUAUGUGCUGUCAAUCAAAGCUGAUGUCUACCAAUUCCUUCAGCAAGGAGUGACGGUCAUUCGAUAUGACCAGGAAACGCACCUCUCGGUUCGUUGCUUUCUCCAGCUUCAACCUGACAACAGCACAUUGACUUGGACAAAGCCCUCCACAACUUGCCUUACACAUACUAAAUCUAAACUGGGUGUCCUGGGGAGCGGAGCAGAGAUCAAGUUUCAGUUCCUUGCCAAUGCUGGAAUGAGUGGACUAUCCGAGGGAUUCUUGGACUUAUUUUCGGUUAAGGCUGUUUACAUGGGACAUCCAGGCAUCGAUAUGCACACUGUGUGUGUUCAAAACAAACUGUGUAACAUGAACCUGGAAGAAAAUGGUGUCACACUGCUUUUUGGACUCCAUACUACUGACAACAAGUUGUUGCACUUUGUAGCUCCAAAGUAUACAGCUAAAACCAUAUAUGAAGGAUUGCUGGAACUAACGAAAGCAGUGCGGAAGAUAAAACACUUCCCUGAUCAGAGACUGCAGUGGUUAAGGAGACAGUAUGUUAGUCUUUAUCAGGAAGACAACAGAUUUGAAGGACCAACAUUAGCACAAGCCGUUGAACUUUUUGGUGGGAGACGCUGGAGUGCCCGAAACACAAGCACUGGGACUUUAACCAAAAGUGCAGAGAAACCGAAUGUGCAGAGGAACAAUACUCUUGGACUAAAUACAGCCAAGAAAAAGAAGAAAGUGCUCAUGAGGGGAGAGAGCGGAGAUGCUGCAGAUGAUGAGAUGGCAACCCGCAAAAGUAAAAGCUGCAAGGAGACUCGCAGUAGAAGUGGAUCUGAUCCUCCAGAAACUGAUGAGCAAGCAGAACAAGAUCAAAAUAUAACCACCAGUUUUUCGACAUCUCAUACACUUCCAUCUCGAAGAGCCCACUCGUUGUCUGCAUCUGCAUCUCCGAACUUGACACCUGGAUCAUCAACACCAAUGCGUCCAGCAUCCUCUCCUGUCCUGUCUAGCUCAAAUAAGCCCCAAACAAAUACGUGGAGCAGUUCAAGUUGGCAUGGAAGAGUAAAGGGUGGGAUGAAAGGAUUCCAGUCGUUCAUGGUAUCUGACAGCAGUAUGAGCUUCAUUGAGUUUGUAGAACUGUUUAAAUCUUUCAGUGUCCGAAGCCGCAAGGACCUGAAAGAUCUUUUUGAUGUCUAUGCUGUGGCCUGUAAUCGGAUGGGAUCAGAAUCUACUCCACUUUACACAAAUUUGACGAUAGAUGAAAACAUCAGUGGUGUUCAACCGGACUUAGAUUUAUUGACCAGGAACGUCUCCGACUUGGGUCUUUUCAUUUGCAGUAGACAGCAGUUGUCUGAAAACCAGAGGCAGAUUUCUGAUGCCAUUGCUGCUGCAAGCAUCGUAACUAAUGGCACGGGAGUGGAAAGCACAUCCCUGGGCAUAUUUGGAAUGGGGAUACUGCAAUUUAAUGAUUUCUUGGUCAACUGUCAAGGAGAACACUACACAUACGAUGAAGUCCUAAGCAUCAUCCAGAAAUUCGAACCUGGCAUAAAUAUGCGCCAACAGGGUGUGAUGUCAUUCGAAGGAUUUGCAAGGUAUCUGAUGGAUAAAGACAAUUUUGCAUCAAGAAAUGAUGAAUCUCAGGUGAACGUAGAUGACCUCCAGUUGCCUCUUUCCCAUUAUUUCAUUGAAUCGUCUCAUAACACGUACCUUACAGGCCACCAGUUAAAAGGAGAGUCAUCCGUUGAGCUGUACAGCCAGGUCCUUUUACAAGGGUGCAGAAGUGUUGAAUUGGACUGCUGGGACGGAGACGAUGGCAUGCCUAUUAUAUACCAUGGACACACUCUUACCACUAAAAUACCAUUUAAGGAUGUAAUUGAAGCUAUUGAUCGUAGUGCAUUUAUCAAUUCUGAAAUGCCAAUCGUACUGUCCAUUGAAAACCACUGUUCAUUACCCCAACAACGUAAAAUGGCUGACAUCUUUAAGAGUGUUUUUGGUGAAAGGUUGGUGACAAAGUUUUUAUUUGAAAGUGACUUCUCUGAUGAUCCUAUGCUUCCUUCGCCAUGGCAACUGAGAAAAAAAGUACUGCUGAAAAAUAAAAAGCUCAAAGCGCACCAGACACCUGUGGAUAUUUUAAAGCAAAAGGCCCAUCAGCUUGCAAACAUGCAAGCACAAGCUAGCAAUGGGACCCAAGUGCUGAACACAAGCACCAACAACGAAGAAGAAGAGGAUGAAGAAGACGAGUACGAUUAUGACUAUGAGUCACUUUCCGACGUUGAUGUCCUUAAUGCUUCCCCCGCUGCUAACAGCCAGGAAGACAAUAUUCUGGAUGACCGACCAGAAAGUAAACAAUGCAGUGAUAAAUUGCAGUUUGAAUACAGCGAGGAAACACCCAAGAGAAUCAAGAAGACAGACAGUAGCAACGUUAAUAACAAAGGAAAGGUCUACGACAUGGAAUUGGAUGAAGAAUUUUAUCUUCCUCAAAACAAAAAAGAAAGUAGACAGAUCGCUCCAGAACUAUCAGAUCUUAUCAUCUAUUGCCAAGCUGUGAAGUUUCCUGGCCUUACAACAUUAAAUCCAUGUGGAUCUGGCAGGGGAAAGGAAAGGAAAAGCAGGAAGUCCAUUUUUGGCAACAAUCCUGGUAGAACAAGCCCUGGGGAAACGACGACACUUGCCAAAACAUCUGGAAGAGUUUCAGGAGACAUUCGACAGAGCUGGGAGGAGCCCUGGUCCCCUCCAUUCAACCCCAGCACCUCCCUUAGUGCUAUCAUAAGGACCCCCAGGUGCUAUCAUAUCUCUUCAUUAAAUGAGAAUGCUGCCAAGCGUCUAUGCAGACGUUAUUCACAGAAGCUGAUUCAUCACACGUCAUAUCAGCUACUAAGGACAUAUCCAGCUGCAACUCGCAUUGACUCUUCAAACCCACACCCACUUAUAUUCUGGCUUCAUGGCAUACAGCUAGUAGCCCUUAACUACCAAACAGAUGAUCUUCCAAUGCAUUUGAAUUCAUCCAUGUUUGAAGCAAAUGGAGGAUGUGGGUAUGUGUUAAAACCUCCUGUGCUUUGGGAUAAAAGCUGCCCCUUGCACCAGACAUUCUCUCCGUUGGAGCGAGACUUAGAAAAUGUGGAACCAGCGAUAUAUUCCCUAUCGAUAGUCUCGGGACAGAAUGUGUGUCCAAGUAACAGCACUGGAAGUCCUUGCAUUGAAAUUGAUGUCCUUGGGAUGCCAGUGGACAGCUGCCAUUUUAGAACAAAACCCAUCCACCGCAAUACCUUGAAUCCCAUGUGGAACGAACAGUUCCUCUUCCGGGUUUAUUUUGAAGAUCUUGUCUUUCUACGUUUCGCUGUCGUGGAAAACAACAGCUCUGCAGUAACUGCUCAAAGGAUCAUUCCCCUUAAAGUUUUAAAGAGAGGUUACCGACACCUGCAGCUCCGUAACUUACAUAACGAGUCCUUGGAAAUCUCCACUUUAUUCAUACAGAGUAGAAGAAUGGAAGAGAUUCCCAGUGGAAGUGCACUGCCGGCGUCUUUGUUUUUUAGCUCAGAAGAAAGGAGGGUGACUUCUAUGUUUAAAGUUACAGUACAUGAAAUUCCUGGGCCAGAACCCUUCUCUGUCUUUAACGUUUGUUGUGGGACAACAGCAAAACAACUUCUAGAUCAAAUCUUAGCUGCUGAAAAGAAACAUGAAGCAAACCCCAAUGACUAUUUCUUGAUGGAGGAAAAAUGUUUUAUAUCCAAAGACAAGAACGAAUGCAAGAAACAGCCAUUCCAGAGACCGAUCGGCCCAGAGGAAGACAUCCUGCAGAUCCUUAAUAGCUGGUUCCCAGAGGAAGGAUACGUGGGAAGAAUCGUUCUAAAAACUCAAGAGGAAAAUAUGAAUGACAAAAAUGUUUAUCAAGAAGAGAAAGAAGAAAAGGAGUCGACUGUUAGCUCAGAUGACGACAGUUUCUUUGUUCAGGUGCAUGAUGUCUCUCCUGAACAACCACGCACUGUUAUUAAGGCGUUACGAUUCAGUACAGCGCAGGACGUUAUUCAGCAGGCACUCAGCAAAGCCAAAUAUUCAUACAGCAUCCUCAGCAACCCUAACCCAGCUGACUACGUUCUACUGGAAGAAAUAACUAAAGAAUCUUCAAACAAGAAGUCUUCUACCACCAAAACCUGUCAAAGGGUCCUGUCUGAUCAUGAAUGUGUGUUCCAGGCUCAGAGCAAGUGGAAGGGAGCAGGGAAAUUUAUUCUUAAAUUAAAGGAGCAAGUGCAGGCAGCAAGAGAUGACAAGAGAAAAGGCAUUUCCAUUGCCAGCGAACUGAAGAAAUUCGCCAAAUCUAGCAGACAGUCUCGGAACUUCACAUUAUCUCCGCAUAUAAUAGCACCAGAAGCAGACUUAGCAAGACCUCAAAGUUUAAAAAUGAAACUGAAAAUCGGUCAACGCUGUUCAGCUGCUCACAGACAUCUAAAUGUACACCCAUCCUGCUGUAGGAGGUCAUCUGCUGCCUGGUACAUACUGCUACUCAAAAAUUGGAAGAUGCCAAAAUGAUAACAUGCAUCAAUUUCCUGGAAAUCAUGAAGAUAAAUGUGUUACCCUCAGUGAUCAACGAAUCACAUUAAUGGCAGGUGCACAAUGCUCCUUAGAGGCAGAGCGAUGAUGUGCUUUGAAGUACCUGUAUCAGCACGGAAGAGAACAUUUAAAGGCUCAGUGACCUUUAGUAUGCCGUUGGAAGGUACGAUGAGUCUUGACUGAGUGUACACUGUAUCAGCCAGAAUUGGUGGACUCCCCCCAACCCCCUUUUCUUGACUAAAAUUUACAUUAAUUUAGAGCAUGCCAGUCCAGCUACUGCAGCUUUCCAAUAGAUUU